UAAUGGUGGUUAAUAUUAUUUUGAAAAUAUGAUUUAUUAUUAUUUUGGGAAUAAAUUUAAAUGAUAAUAUCGUGAUAUUUUGUUUGUGCUUUUAGAAAACUUAUUACGUUUUACUUAAACUAUAAAUGACAUUAUUCGAGCAAAAUGGGAUUGCGGGAAAGACGCGGAAUAUACAUAGCUGUGAUAUUGAUUUCAUAUGGAAUAGCUGAUAUUGAUACAAGUCUGCCAGUAGAUUUAGUUUCUGAGGAGAAAGCGCCACUACAAACAACGUUACCCUUCACUUCGACGUCACCCUUACCUACAACUAUAAACAUUUCUACCUCUACAUAUGCUACUGUUAUACCACCGAUACCACCAAGUGAUAGGGACAGGUUCCUAACCUUCGCUGAAUCUGGUCACCAUCAAACCUUCAUGUUUGCUAAAGACAACACGUUCAUACAACUUGAUGGGGACAUCAUACAAAGAUUUCAAUUAAGAUUAUGCCGAGAAAUAUCGUUCAAGUUUCGUACGAGACUUCCACAUGGUCUUUUAGUUUAUCACAACGUUAAGAAUCCGGUUUUCAAAAUGCAACCUUAUGCGUUAUACGUCAUUGUGGAGAAGGGAGAACUUAAAGUGGUCCACGUGUUUGGGAAGCAUCUCACUUCUGUAACAGUAGGAAGAGGUCUUAACAGAGAUAAUUGGCACAGUGUGGUUGUUACUAUUGAUGUUCAUGGAGCGAGGCUUAUCGCUAAAGUCGAUCAGCUGAAAGAAGAAGUUUAUUUGAAGGGCCUAAGCUUCGAUACAAAUUAUGGAAUAACGGACAACUUAACAUCAGUUAUUUUAAUAGGAGGUCUCAGUUCAGAAGAAAAGCUUCACGGAGUAAAAUACAUUAUAGAAUCAUUUGUUGGUUGCAUCAGUGAUAUGGUACUAAGUUCAGGCAAAGCCGCUUCAGAUCUAUUACCAAUAGUUCCUCUAAUUGCUACCAAACAUGAAAAUGUAAAAGAAGGUUGUAUAGACAAAUGUAAGACGAUGGAGAAUCUCUGCUUCGAAGGGUCUAGAUGUAUUAAUGAGUACAACGGGUACAGGUGCGACUGCUUCGGUACUUUGUACGAGGAACAACUCUGUGAUGUUUACACUGCAACAAUACUAACAUUACGAGGUUCGAGCUACGUGUCAUAUCGCGUCUAUGAUUGGAAGGAUCGCGUUCACUCCACCAACACAAGAGUCAGCUUACAUUUUAAGACCCGUUUCGACGACUCAGCUUUAUUUUAUGCGAGCGGACAGAUUGACGACAAACAUCACUACAUAGCAUUAUCAAUACAUUUAGAAAAAGUAGCUUUCAAAAUAGAUUUAGGGGACGGUCAAGUCGAAGAUUAUUUGGGUAAACGAGUCAAUAAUAACAUGUGGCACAAUCUAACAGUUAUUAUACAUGAAAAAACAGUUAUAGUUUAUCUCGAUGAUAUAACCGCUACAUACGAAGUACCAGGUGAUGCUAAAUUCGUCUGUAUAGACCCUGAGAUUUACAUAUGCGGUGGACCGGAUUUACAUAAAAUGAAAGGUCUAAAAUCGUUCAACAAUUUCGCGGGGAAUCUUAAGUACGUAUAUUACAAUGAUGUUUCGAUACUCUACGAGUUGAAGCAAAAUAACCCCAAAGUCCACUACAUAGGAGUACUCGAUCCUGAAUUCGUUGAUAUCGAUAUAGAAGUUAUACCAAUCACGUAUCCUUUCGCUACGUCCCAUAUUUGGUGGCCUUUAAACCAGAGCAACAGCAUCAAUUUGAUUUUCGACUUUAAAACCAGCAAGAAUAUGGCGGUUUUGGCUUAUAGCCAGAUUACUUCAGGACAAGGCUACUUUGAGGUAAGAAUGGUUAAGGAAGAAAUAAGAUUCGAGUUAGUGCCUGAUGUUGGUAAGAAUGUGACGGUAUUGAAGUCGGUAAAAUUCAAUGUCAGUAAUGACUGGCACACAGUCGAACUCGACUACAGGAAAGGAAGAAUCAAGUUGACUGUCGACUAUCACAACAAACAUGCGCAAAUGUUUGGUUUAGAUUUCCAGCUUCAGGAUAAAAUAGUUAUAGGAAGUGGACUGAAAUCAGCUAAUUUGGGCUUAAUCGGAUGUAUGAGAAACAUUAAGAUUAACGGACUGCUGAUUGAACCAAGAUUCGUGAUAAACACGGAGCGAGUUGUAGGUGAAGUCGCAAUAGAUGACUGUCGUUACGUAGACCCUUGUACGCGACCCAACACUUGCGAACACGGCGGCAUUUGUUCGAUCCGAGAGGAUAGAGUGAUAUGCAACUGUGAUAACACAGGAUAUAUUGGCGAAAACUGUCAUUUCGCUACAUUCAGAAAGACUUGUGAAGAACUAGCACUCCUUGGCUAUACAAGGAAUGAUGUGUAUUUGAUAGAUAUUGAUGGUAAUGGAAAGUUUCCACCGGCGCAUGUGAAAUGCGAGUUUCAGAUUGAAGCUGAUUCCUCCACAACUGUUGUGGAACACAAUCUGCCGAGCCAAGUGGACGUCCGUUCGGCUUCCGGCCAAGACUUCAGCUUUAACAUCAAAUACAGAGAGUUUACCGCAGAAAUGCUCCAAGAAUUGAUUUCUCAUUCGCUUUUUUGUCGUCAGUACAUUAAAUAUGAUUGUAAUAUGGCGCCUUUGGAGUUGCACAGCGCUACUUGGUUCAUAUCCUCUUCGAAUGACACCGUUGAUUAUAUUGGAAAUGUAAAAAGAGGCUAUUGUCCUUGUGGAGUGAACGCUACUUGUGUGAACCCAACACAAUCGUGCAACUGCGACGCCAACGAGAACAAGUGGCAUUCAGAUGAGGGUACCCUUGUGGAUCCUAAGAGUUUGGGUAUCACUGAGAUGUUCUUCUUGCAACAGAAGGAUUUAACUGAAGAAGCACAGGGCAGGAUUACUUUGGGACCGUUGGAAUGCGUUGAGACAAACACACAGCGCUAUGUAGUGACGUUCACGACGUCACAAUCGUACAUCGAAGUGCCAGGAUGGAGGAAGGGAGACAUCGCGUUCAGUUUCCGGACAACCGGAACAAGUGCGAUACUGCUGUUUCAACCGCCAAUACGGCCGAACUAUCCGUCCUUUAUGGUGGCCUUGACGAGCGAACACGAACUAACGUUUAACUUUACUCUAAACACGGGAACUACCAGGAAGUUAGUGAUUAACUCUAAAAGGAAACUGAAUGGAGGUGAAUGGCACAAAAUCUGGAUAGACUACAACUUCUAUCACGUCAGAUUUAUGCUUAAUACUGAGUACCAGAUGUUGAAUUUUCUCCUCGAGGAAGAAUUUGGACCGUUCGAAGGGUCUAUGUUUAUUGGUGGGGCGACCGCAGAGCAUUUAAAAAAGUCUGCAGUACACCAGGGUCUGAUCGGUUGCUUCAGAGGGUUAGUAGUGAAUGGGGAAAUUCUGGAUAUAUAUAGUUACAUGUCUGUCCAUCUGUCUGAAAUAAUUAAAGAUUGCAAGCCGUCCUGCGUCCCCAAUCCAUGUCAGAACAAGGCUACAUGUAAGGAGCUCUGGUCGAGCUACGAGUGUAUUUGUAAGAAUCCUUGGGCGCACUUGGGAAUGCAUUGUGAAGAAAACAUAAACGAAAAAGCGUUAACAUUCCAAACGAAGGAGUCGUAUUUGAAGAAGAACUAUCUCGUCGACAACGUGACGGACGCUGAAAAGGCGAGAUUGAAGAAGAUGAUGACGGAAGACGUCCUCAUGAACCUCCGGACGUACGACGACGACGCGCUCGUGCUGUACGCGAACGACAACCUGAACAACUUCAUACAUCUAUUCAUACACAAUGGAACGGAAAUCAUCUAUCUGUUCAACGACGAAGAUGAAAUCGUACAAAUGAAUGUUACUUACGAGAGAAUCAACAAAGGGGAAAGUGUUCAGAUUGCGAUCAUAAGGUCGGACAAUACGACGACUUUGCAUGUGAACGAUAAAAACACGACUAUCGAUAAGGUUGCCAGGCUUCUGUCUGAUUACACUAACAAGCCGUGGGGUAAUCCUGAACUCGAGGUAAUCCGGCCGCAGAGGCCGCCAGCCCCUCCAACAGAUUAUUUCCAAAUGAAUCUCGGCGGCUACGACCCCUAUUCCUUACAUUUAGCCCCCCGAGCGAUUCAGCUCCCUCAAGGAGGGUAUGUGGGUUGCGUAAGGGGUUUCAAGAUAGCUGAUCAUGUUGUUGAUUUAUCAAAAAAGGCGCAACAAAAUAUAGAACAAGAUUUGACGGGCGUCUUACCAGAAUGUAACAUGAAGUGCGAUUCCGAACCUUGCAAGAAUGGAGGGAUUUGUACGGAAGACUUCACCAACCAAGAGAGUAGCUGUGAUUGCGAACUGACGAGUUACUUCGGAGAGUAUUGUAUGGAAGAGAAGGGAGCUGAUUUCAACGGGGAGAGCAUUCUUCAGAGGAAAUUCGUCUUAACUGGACCGAUAUUGACGGUAAAGAUCAAAUUAGCAUUUUCAAGCAAUGACCUUCGUCAAAAGAACACCGUCCUAUUGUUAGUCCAGACCGAGAACAAACGCAGUUACUAUUUAUUGAUAGCAAUAACUCAAGACGGCUAUUUAAAAUUCGAAGAGGAUAGAGAGGAUUCGGCUUAUGGAGCUGAAUUUAAGAACAGGAAUUUUCUUAACGGCGCCCGUCACACGGUGUACUAUACCAGAAUUGGCCAAGACGCUAAACUAUUAAUUGACAGAAUAGAUGUACCGUUAGAGAAGUUACCGCCUCAAGGACUUUGGGAAGUGCUGGAUGUAGGCUCCAACGAGGUCCAGAUCGGAGGUUUGAACACCACUGAUCCGAGACUCAAAAUAUACAAAGGAUAUAAUGGAUGCCUGUCCAAUAUCUUCGUGGAAGUAAACGAGCACGUGAUGAAGCCGCUGGAGGAGUACAUGCUGUUCACGCGCUCCGACUCGGAGACCGUCAACGCCGUCAACGCGCAGGGCGUGCGCAGCGCACAGUGCUCGGCCGACUUCGACGAGGCGUGGCCCGACCAGCUCGGCGCCGCGCACAACGGCAGCUUCCUCAUCAGUGUCGAUAAAACGUGGGUCGAAGAUCCACCGUCAAGGGCGCCUUACGACUCUCUACACCAGCAACCUGACGCUGAAGAAGAGAACACCGACAAGUUCUUUAUAGCGCUAAUUGUUGUUUUCCUACUCGGAUUAUGUUAUACCGGCUCUCAUAUGUGGCGAACACAAAAAGCCUACAAACUGAGACUAGAAAAGGAAACCGAUGAAAACAUAUUGAGAAACAAAGAAAAGGCAACGUUUUUCCAAGAGCCUUCAGUUUCAUUUUUACAGCUCAAUAAAGAAAGUGAAGAAAAUAAGGAUGGUGACAAGAAAUCGAAUGGUGUCGUCAUUGAUGUCGUUCCAAGCAUAAUCAUAGAAGCAAAUGAAGAAAAACCAGUGAGCAGGCGAGGGUCGAUUAGGUUUAGAGAUAUGGUAGAUAAAGAAAUAGCAUGGGAGCCAUUAGAAGAGAAAGAUGAAACCCUAGAAAAUGAGGAAGAAGAAGAAAUUGAAGAGAGCUCAUCGGAAUUCGAAACCGAUGAUGAACAUGAAACAGACGGAGAAGACAACACGAGUUCUCCCGUGAUCAGUCCAGCCAACGAUCAAAAUUCGAUACAACGAAAGUUGUCAGAGCAAAUGCCAUAUAAAGUAGAGGAAGAGAAUACCGUUGAAUUAACAUCUAUUGCAUAAUUA